CCCCUCACUUUUUAUUUUCCUCAUCAUCAACACAAUCUAAUCUACUAUCUCAAUCCCAGUUAAUUUUUCUUUCGAAAGCCAACAAAAAUCUCAUCUCGAUCCGAGUAAAUCAUGGAGUGUAGAUCGCUGGAUCUGACGAUUAUAUCCGCCGAGGAUCUCAAAGAUAUUCAAUUGAUCGGUAAGCAAGACUUGUACGCUGUCGUUUCGAUCAACGGCGACGCAAGGACCAAGCAGAAGACAAAUGUUGACAAAGAUUGCGGCACCAAACCCAAAUGGAAGCAUCAGAUGAAACUCACCGUCGACGACGCCGCGGCCCGUGACAAUCGCCUCACUCUUGUUUUCCAGAUCGUGGCGGAUCGUCCCAUCGCCGGUGAUAAACCCGUCGGCGAGGUUAGCGUUCCGGUGAAGGAGCUUUUGGAUCAGAACAAGGGCGACGAGGAGAAGACGGUUACCUACGCCGUCAGGUUGCCUAACGGGAAGGCCAAAGGAACUCUCAAGUUCUCCUUCAAAUUUGGUGACAAGUACACUUUUGGAUCUCCGAGUGCUACUCACGCGCCUGUUCCGUCGGCUCUGGAUCAUAAGACCACGGAUCACCCCGUCACCGCUUACCCGCCCGGGCACGGUGCACCGGCGGCUGCAUACCCUCCUCCACCCGCGGGUCCUUCUUCCGGAUAUCCACCACCGGGACAUGAUGAUAAGCACGGCGGUGCUUACGGAUAUCCGCAACAGGCUGGAUAUCCGCCAGCUGGACCCGGUGGUUAUCCGCCACCUGGUGCAUACCCGCAACAAGGAGGUUACCCGGGUUAUCCCCCACCGCAACAAGGUGGAUAUCCGCCACAAGGUCCAUACGGUUACCCGCAACAGCAAGGGUAUCCGCCACAGGGUCCAUACGGGUACCCGCAACAGCAGGUUCAUGGUAAACCGCAGAAACCGAAGAAACAUGGCAAGGCUGGAAUGGGACUAGGUCUUGGGCUUGGAGCUGGUUUAUUGGGUGGUUUGCUGGUGGGUGAAGCUGUGUCUGACAUGGCUGAUAUGGGUGAUAUGGGUGACAUGGGUGGUGAUUUCGAUUUCUGAUUGAUUAUACUUAUGUUAUCAACUCUUUUAAUUUCUUAGGUUAACUGUUCUUCUAUGUUUGUUCGUUUGAUGAAUCAUGUGAAGAACCUGAGAGAUCAAGUUUUAUCCUGUGUUUAUUAUGUGUUUGUGUUUCUUCUUUUCUGCUAAUGAAUGUACUGAAACAUUAUGCUUUUUUUCCAA